AGUGCAUUUUUUGGUGGCUGGAAGCAGAAGCAGGGCUGCUACUUGCCGGCACAAUGGGAAACUUUGCCGGCACAUGCAGGACUCUGAUGUGCAGCUUGCAAGUACUGACCGGCACCCGCCGCGACGGCUCGCAGCAGCACCAGUUCUUAGAUGCGGCCAAGGCCGGCAACUUUGCAGAGGUCCGGCGCAUGCUGGAGGAGAAGCCGGACCUUGUGAACUGCCAGCCCAACGGGCGAUGGUCCGCCCUGCACCAUGCCGCGCACAAGGGCAACCUGGCGGCUGUACAGUCCCUGCUCGAGCGGGGGGCCUCGCUGACGCUGAAGACGAGGGAAGGCCUCACUCCCGUGGAGGUGGCGUCCUCCAGCAUCUUCGACCACUUGCUCUACCUCUCCCUGCAGGCGUCAGAGGCAGAAGAGGCGAAGGGGAAAUGCUCCAAGCGCUGUGCCAGUGAAGAAGUUCUUCGCACCCUGACGCUCUGGAGAUUUUCACCAAGCAACCUGCCGGCAGGCGUUUGCCUCUCGGAGGAGGACUCGCAGUGCCUCAUUUGCCUGGAGGAUUUUAAGGAGGAGGAGGAGCUGCGGACCCUGCACUGCUGCCACUCCUUCCACGCGCGGUGUGUUGAUGGCUGGCUGACCGAGAAGAGCCGCUGCUGCCCCACCUGUCGGGCGGAUUGCGCGGAGGCGAACUGAAGGUGAUCGGGAAAUGUGCAGCUCCGAUCUUUUCAUAUUAGCAUUUGAAGACUUUCCGAGGGAUGCUUUUGGGCGUAGCCAAGGUAGGUUGCCA